UGUUGCGUUCAUUAGUGUGUGUCCUAUUACGCGUUUCUCAGUUUCCCACCAGCAAACGCCCGGUGAUACAACUACCUACCUUACGAAGAAGGAUCUACACAGCUAUGAACCUCCUUAAAAUAAUUGGAUUGUUACUUUGGACACAUAUUUCUGUGGCUGAAGGAGGUAACCAGUCACUCCUUAGUCAACCAAGUGGCAACCUGACCUCCGUCACUGAUACUGAAAUGGCAAUACUUACAAGUAAACUGACCACAGUCUUCCUUCCGGUGUUCUACAUCAUUGUGUUCGCAGUGGGCUUACCAACCAAUGCAAUGGCGAUUUGGGUGUUUAUCUUCAGAACUAAGAAGAAGCACCCUGCUGCAAUCUACAUGGCCAACCUGGCUCUGUCUGACCUACUGUUUGUCAUCUGGCUCCCCCUAAAAAUUUCCUACCACUUUAAAGGCAAUAACUGGGUCUAUGGAGAGGAACUCUGUAAAGUGCUGGUGGGUUUCUUCUACGGGAACAUGUACUGCUCAGUAAUGUUCAUUACCUGCAUCAGCGUGCAGCGGUAUUUGGCUGUUGUCUAUCCCAUGUCUGUUCACACUAAGAACAGUCAGAUUGGAUUUGCCAUUUCAAUUACAGUUUGGGUUGUAAUUUGGUUGGUGACAACUCCACUGUACCUCUAUGACCAAACUGUGAAUAUCAGUAACCCUAGAAUCACCACCUGUCAUGACAUCACCAAACUGCAAGACAUAAAAAACGCAAGUGGCUUCUUCAUGUCCAUGGCAAUUUUCACUUUUGCCAUCCCAACAGUAGUCUGCAUCGUUGCUUACGUUUUAAUGGUUCAGGCUCUGAGAAAUUCCAUGUCUGAUGAAAAUGUCCGCAAGAAACGCCGAAAGACUGUCUACCUCAUCAUUGUCGUCCUUGUCAUGUUUUUGUUGUGCUUUGCCCCCAGCAACAUCAUGCUGCUUGUCCAGUAUGGGCUCCUCUUAAAUGGCCAGGAAAAUAAAGCUUAUGGCUUCUAUAUCAGCACACUGUUCUUAGCCAGCCUGAAUAGCUGUGUGGACCCCUUUGUCUACUACUUUAUCUCUGAGGAGUUCCGGGAUCAAGUGAGGAACACCCUUAUCUGCAGGAGUGUGAGGACAGUGGAGAGAAUGCGUGUUUCCUUCACUGGUUUGAAGACGAUAAAGAAGAGCAAAAAGGACACCACAGGGUCUGCCAACACAGGGUAGUAGCUCCUGGGGGGGGGCACACCUGUUUGGACAUAUGUCGGUGUUGAGUUGAAUAUUUUUUUAUUUUUGUAUAUGUCUUUUAUCGUUUAAUUUUUUUCCAUCCUGAAGAGGUUGUGUUUUUAAAAUUCUAGAGCAACGGACCUCUGACUGCAGCAGACUUUCAGAAAAUGUACAACUUCUUUAUGGAAGGAAGUAACAGUAUAUUCUUAUUGUCAUUCACCUGAUAGCCUCGAAUUAUGUGAUAUUUGCCUCACCUGGUGCUUCAGGCAUUCAUUAGAUAGUAUUACUAUGUAUUCUGUAAAACCGGUACUCAGCCCGUUUAAGACUGGAGUGCUUCUUGCUUUAAAUCACGUUUGACAAACUCAUGCUUGUGUUGCCUCGUACAAUGUCAUACAUUCUUUUAUGUUUUGAAAGUAAUGUUGUGGACCUUAUUCUUUAUACUGUACAAAAUAAACUAAAAAAGAUGUGUUUUA